AUGGUCAGGACUCAUUGCGCCAUAAAGAUUUUGGGGACGACGAAGAAAAAGGAAUCAUUUCUAAUGGACGCAUUGGGUGGUUGCGGCGGCGCUAACAAUUUCUGGGGUUGGAAUGGCUUCGAUCAGAGGAGGAAGAAGAAGUCUUCCGGCGAUAGAAGUAAGAAACGGAACUCUGGAUCGUCGGAUUCCGUCGACGUGAGCAGAAACGCCGGUUAUCGGUUUCCAUUGAAGCAAGCUGUGACUGCCGGGGCACUCGCUUUCACCGGAGACACGAUCGCUCAGUUAUCUGGCCGGUGGAAAAAGAGAACUGCACUGAAUCAUUCUGAUAAACCAGACGAGGGAGAAUUGUGGAACAUUUUCUCAGAACAUGACUGGGUUCGUGCGUUGCGGAUGAGUUCUUACGGGUUUCUCUUGUACGGACCUGGUUCUUAUGCGUGGUAUCAAUACCUUGACCAUUCUUUGCCUAAACCAACCGCUACAAAUCUAGUGCUUAAGGUUUUGCUUAAUCAAGUAAUCCUCGGUCCAUCUGUGAUCGCUGUUAUAUUUGCUUGGAACAACUUAUGGUUGGGAAAGCUCUCUGAGCUUGGAAACAAGUAUCAGAAAGAUGCUCUUCCAACACUUCUAUACGGAUUUCGCUUCUGGGUUCCCGUUAGCAUACUCAACUUUUGGGUAGUCCCGCUUCAAGCUCGUGUAGCUUUCAUGUCCAUGGGUUCUGUGUUUUGGAACUUCUACUUGUCUUCAACUAUGAGCAAGUAG